AUGUCAUCUGGAAGGCAAACACGCACUUUGCUUGCGAGCCUGCAACACGGUGCUCACGGUGCACCCGCUCGUGCUCCUCCUGUAACGGCCUCUUUGCGAGUGACUUGCGCUUCUGCGCGACGGCAUUCGAGCUGCUCACCGAACUAUCUAUCUUCACAGAGGUUUGUUUCAAGGCAAGCUUCCAUCUUCGGGCGCCCGAGAACGACGGCAGCGUCCUUUCAUUUCUCGUCGCUCCAGGCACAGUCCAAGGUGGUUCCCUUCUUGCUUGCCGAUGUAGGCGAAGGCAUCACGGAAUGCGAAAUCAUCAAAUGGAUGGUCCAGCCUGGCGCAAUGGUAGAGGAGUUCGACCCGAUCUGCGAGGUACAGUCGGACAAGGCUAGCGUUGAGAUUACAAGCAGGUACGCGGGAAAGAUCAAAUCACUCCUGUACAAAGAGGGAGAAGUCGCGAGGGUCGGGUCGCCUCUGUGCGAAAUCGAACAAGAGGCACAAGGAGGGGCAGAUAGUGGCUAUCUGGCGCCAUCCCCCGCCGCAGAACCAGUGCAAACAGAAUCGUCGCCAGCUUCGGAUGGAAAUGUGACUGUCGAGUCGACAGACACUUCAAAAGUAGACCAGCAGGGCUUCCGAUCAAAUCCUCAUCCAUUGUCCGCUGGCGGUCACACGCCUGAAGCAGGGCCCGUUCUCGCGACACCGGCCGUCCGCCGCAUCGCACGAGACAACCAGUUGAAUCUGAAGAACGUCAAGGGAACAGGCAGAGACGGUAGGGUCACCAAGGAGGACGUGCUGAACUACAUACAAAGCAGCGCUGCUAGGUCCGAUGUUGCUGGCGAGCCAAGUGCUGCUGCUGCUGUUGCGGCUAUACAACCAGGCGCUUCCAGUUCACACUCUUCACAAGCGCCCCCAGAGGCCGCAGAGACCGUGUCCCUGGACCCUACCCGGCGGGCCAUGUUCCGCGCGAUGACUGCGACGCUGCAAGUCCCGCACUUUGCAUUCUCCGAGGAGAUCGACGUGACCGCUCUGGAGCAGGUACGGCUGGCACUCUCGCAACAUGUGCCUGCACAGUAUCGCAAGACUCUGCGUCGCGGAGAAACAGAGGGUGCGAUCACCUCUCGCGCAGAUGCCGAUGCGCAGUUAGACAAGAUCACCAUGCUCCCUCUGCUCGUCAAGGCACUCUCCAUGGCACUCGACGAGCACCCGUUGUUCCGCUCGCAGCUUGCCAUCCCGGCAGACGUACUCGGGAAAGAUGCCCAGAGUAUCUCGUCAGCGGCCAAGCUGCAGCGCCGUGCUACGCACGACAUUUCCAUCGCACUCUCCACCCCGCAAGGGCUGCUGACGCCUGCAUUGCAAGAUGUCAAGGCGCAGAGUGUCUAUUCGCUUGCCUCGCGUAUUGCCCAAUUGCAGACCCGUGGACACGGCCCCAAGGGUCUGCCUGCAUCCGAUCUGCGUGCAACCGGUACGGUCACUCUCAGCAACAUCGGUGCAGUGGGCGGCGGGACGUACACUCACCCGCUCCUUCCACCAACCGGACAGCUUGCCAUCGGGGCUUUGGGUCGCACAAAAGCACUGCCAAGGUUCGCGAGCGAGACGCCACUUUGGAACACCGAUUCUCUCCGAGCGGAAGGGCUUGACCCCGACACAGUCGUGCGGCGUUUAAUUAUGCCGGUCAGCUUCACCAGUGACCAUCGCGUGGUGGAAGGCGCGGAAUUGGCCAAAUUUGUCUUGCGAUGGAAGGAGCUUCUGGAAAAUCCUCAGUCGUGGCUCGGCUUGCUCAAGUAA